CCACCGUAGAAGAAGAGAAUGCGGAAGUAGCUGUAAAAACAAGGUGCGCACGAUAUUAAAGGUGUGUUUGAAGCUCAUCUAGAAAGUUCCAGAAAGAGGCUCUCCUGAAACGCCCAUACAGACAAGUUUAGAAGUAGAAAAAUGUCUCUUAUUUCGGAGGAAAACGUGCGAGGUGAGAAUCUCUUCAAGGAUAUAAACGCCGAUGAUGACUGGGAGCCCACCGAGAUAGAGAGCAUGUGUAUGAACUGCCACCAGAACGGCAUGACACGUUUACUGCUCACCAAAAUACCGUUCUUCAAAGAAGUCAUCAUCAGCUCCUUCAACUGCGACAAAUGCAGCUGGACCAACACUGAGAUCCAGUCUGCAGGCCGGAUACAGGACCAGGGAGUCUGUUACACCCUGACAGUGAAAACUAAGCAGGACCUGGACAGGGAGGUGGUGAAAGCAGACAGUGCGAGCACCAGGAUCCCAGAGUUGGAUUUUGAGAUCCCCCCCUUCACCCAGAAAGGAGCCCUUUCUACCAUUGAGGGCCUCUUGGAUAGAGCAGCUGCAGGGCUGGAGCAGGAUCAACCGGCACGACGAGCCAUGGAGCCCGAGGUGUUUGAGAAGAUCGAAGGGUUCAUCCAGAAGCUGAGGGAGUUGAAGGAGGUCAAAGAGGAGUUCACGCUGGUGAUCGAGGACCCGUCCGGGAACAGCUUUGUGGAGAACCCGAAAGCUCCUCAAAGAGACGAGGCUCUCGUCGUGUCCCACUUCAAGAGGACGGUGCAGCACGACGUCCAGCUGGGGUUACGGGCCGAGGACGAUGAUGGCGACGAUUUGGACGAAGAACCGGCCGGCAGCGACAUCGACACCAUGAGAAACGAGGUUCUGGCCUUCAACACCAACUGCCCCGAAUGCAACGCGCCGGCCUCGACCAACAUGAAGCUGGUGCAGAUCCCCCACUUCAAGGAGGUCAUCAUCAUGGCCACCAACUGCGACAGCUGCGGCCAUCGGACCAACGAGGUGAAGUCCGGCGGCGCCACGGAGAAGCUGGGCACCAAAAUCACCCUGCGCAUCACCGACGUCUCCGACAUGACCCGGGACGUGCUCAAGUCGGAGACGUGCUCCGUCGAGAUCCCCGAGCUGGAGUUCGAGCUGGGGAUGGCGGCCGUGGGCGGCAAGUUCACCACCCUGGAGGGGCUGCUGAACGACAUCAAAGACCUGAUCGUCUCCAAAAACCCCUUCAUCUGCGGCGACAGCGGCAUAUCGAACCGGGUGGAGAAGCUGCGCGCGUUCGGGGAGAAGAUCGACAAGAUUUUAUCCGGAGAAAUGUUGGUCCACAUCAUCCUGGACGACCCGACAGGGAACAGCUACGUGCAGAACGUGUACGCCCCGGAUCCAGAUCCAGAGGUUACUAUUGAGAAGUACACCCGCACGUUUGAGCAGAAUGAAGACCUGGGUCUGAAUGACAUGAAGACUGAGGGAUACGAAGAGGAAAGUGAACUGCCAGCGCCACCUAAACGGACUUAAUUAGUUAAUAAUUAGUUAAUGACGAGUUAAACACCCAGCGUAAUUACAUUACUCCAUAUUUUAUUCCAUUUUCAUACAUUUUCAGUUCAACACUGGGUGAUGGGCUGUUUUCCAUCAGUAUGUUAAUCAGCAAAAGGAAUUCUAAGUUGCCUAAAUGUACAGCGAAAAGAAACACAAGAGAUCUGUAAAAGUCAUAAAUGCUGCUGUUAAUAAAGAUGCAUUCUUUAUCUUGUUGUUUGGUGCAUUUCUUGUGACAUUCCAGAAGAUGGUGCUCUGUUAUCUCUGAUUUAAGUUGUAUUAUCUCUGAGAACAACAACACUCUGUGACAAAUUCCUGUUU